UAAAGGUUCCAGGAGUUCAGGAUGGCACUACUUCUUCUAUUCACUACAGACCAGGGCUCAUGGACACCGAGGAGGACAUGAGUGAGUUCAUGAUGCCCUUAGAUAAAGAAAAGGACUCGAGUGAGUCAGCGCUGUGUGGCCGCAAGCUGCCGCUGUGGCUGGGGCUCCUGCUGCUCCUGGCGGCGGUGGGGCUUCUUGUGCCCAUGAUCUACUUCGCUGUCAUUGCCAACAGCAAGGCCUGCGUGGAUGGCCUCCAAGCACAGAAGGAAUGUCAGGAGCUCAACCAACACGUGCAGCGCCAGCUAAACCAGGCCCAGGAACUCUUACACGAGAAGGAAGCCGAAGCUGCUACCUGCAAACAGGCUGUGGUGACCCUGAGGGACUCUCUGAAGAAGGAGCAGGCACGAGUGGAGGAGCUUCAGGGAGAGUUGGCGACCUUGAACCAACAACUGCAUGACCUUUCUGAGAAAUUAAGAAGAAAGAGUGAGGCCUCAGCGGAGGAUUACUCCUCUAGCUUCUACGUCCUGUUGUUCCUCGCGUUUCUUGUGGGUGUGGUGAUGACCGCGGGUGUGCUCAUCACCUGCAAGUGUCUGAAGAAAUGAGGUCCCAGAAAGCCGGCCGGCCACAACCAGGACCGGGCCGACUCCAGCUCGGAUUCCGGUUUGAGGCUUCCGGACCUGGCCAGUCCCGACAGGACCACAUGGCAACACGGUUGUAGGGAGGAUGGGGUAGCCUAAGGGGCCCAAGACAGGGCAGUCCUGAAAGGAUGCCUUGAGACUGGGAAAGUAGCAGAGCUGGCCCAGGGCCGCCUAGAGCUAGGGAUGGCACGCGAGUCGGGUUGCGGCCCCUCCAUCUUGCUGACACUGCUCUGAGAAAGUCACUUUCCUCUUGGGUCUUUGGACUCGAAAUGGAAACAUCCCUUUUGGGGAGAAAACUGGACUCUCGAGUGUUUGGAGCGUCAUUGGGUGACCUCCCAAAGCAUCUGUGGCCUGCCCUGCAGACAAAGGUGGACAUCCACUGACAUCCACAACCAGCCUUCCGUGCUCUAGAAUGGUCCUCAAGAUCUCGGGGGUUCCAGCAGGCACCAUCCCCCUGCAUCCCCAGCCCUCUUCUCUGCUGGCAGCCUCUAAAGGGCCCCGGUGAGAGCUCCCUGCCUGCAGCUUUCUUCUCUCAUCUCCUGGCUUCUCUCAUCUCAUUGCCGUUUCCUCUCCUGAUGGCACCGGCUCCACGAGGAAACCGAGGCUGAGACGAGGGGCACUCUGCCCUGGCUCCCAGUCCCUUCCGGCGGAAAGUGCAGGGCUGCGGCUCACACUUGGAGGAGCAGACUCGGGACAGAUCUGUGUCACCUUGUCCUGCCACCUCCAUCCCCCAAGCUCCUAUUCAUCCCGCAGGACCCAGCUCUGGGAGCCCCCCCCCCCAGAGACUUCUCUGCUUCUCAAAAUGAAGUCCUCGAAGAGUUCUCUGAUGACGUGGUGGUUAGGAUUCCAGGCUCCCGUGGCCUGGGGUCCAUCCCUGGUCUAGGAACUAAUAUCCCAUAAGCUGGGAGUCAUGACCAAUAAAAGGGAAAGAACGCUCUCCCUGUGUGUGCCUCCUGCUCCUAAAAUGGUGUUUGAUGGUGGCCUUCGUUAACUGAGCCCCUUAUAAGCAUAUGGUUUCUACGUGACUACAAAGAAUGUUCCCGAAUGCUUUAGUGGAAUGAAGCUUGUGAAAAAUAACAAAGAGCCAAAGUGGAAACUGUUUGAGUGACAAAAUAAAUAUCAUCAUGUGUAAAAGAAAUAUCCAUGAGUUCGCAGGAAUAUAAGUACAUGACUGACUAAAACAAUAAAUGAAAGAGAGGAGAAAAAUCUCCCAGGCCGAAGAAUAUCAAAUAACAUACACAAAUAUCUCACCCUCAAAAGGAUGAUGUGCGGGUCCCAUGGCUUUGGUGUGGGCUAUAAAUCGUCACCUCUUUCCAGAAGGCACAGGUGGAAGAGAGGAAGGAGGUAGCUUUCUGGUGGAGACGCCUGACGGACACCACCUCAGCCAGGGCAUCAUGAUCAACAUCACAGGGUAAGUCAGGCUGAUAGCCCAUAUCCUGGACACAUGAGUGUCAUGAGAACAGCACGUGCCCUCUCUGGUCCUUCUCGCCAAAGGCCAGUCCAACCAUGAGAACAACCCCAGACCAAUCCCACCCGAGGACCACCGUACAGAACACCUGACUCUCCACUCUCAAUGUCAUCACGACCAGGAAAGCCUGAGACUCUACCUGACCCAAGGGAGCCUACAGAAGCAUCAGGACUCAGUGUCCUGUGAGGAUCUGGGGGCAGAAAAAGGACAUUAGGGGAAACUGAGGAGAUGGGAAUAAUGCAUGGACUCAGUUAAUCCUGUUAUCAGUCAGCACUGGUUCACACAUUGCAACACGUGCACCUUAGAGAUGAAAGAUGACCAAAGUGGUGGAAAUGGAAAUAGAGUCUAUGGAAUGUUUCUGGACUGUCUUUGCUGGAUUUGUGCAAACCAAAAUAAAGUGAGUCUUUAAAAAAUAA